AUGCCUUUCAAACUGAACGCAACGCCCGUCUUCCAAAUACAAAACAAAAAGGGAUCGUUGGGGAAGAAAGAUGGAGUGCGGCCUGUGGAGCACAUAGUUGCUCAAACAUAUGCGGAGUGGGAGAGGGAAGCGCCAAUGAAAUCCGAGGCAGCAGCGGCACCGAAAGUCGCGGAGGAGUGUGGAUUUAGGGAGUGGGAGAAGGAUUAUGAUCUCUAUUUUGGAUUUCCCCAGGGCACCGAAAUCGGAGGCGGCGGCACCAUUGAAAUCCCCUGA